UCACGUGUACAGGAACAGGAACAAGAAAGAGUACGUUUUGUUUAUCGUGGUGGUGCAUGCGUGUACGUGCCGAAACAAAAACCCUCAUAAGGAAACAUGGGGAAAACUCUGAAGGAUCACCUGGUCGACACAUUUGAUGAUUUGACAGAUGAAAAAAUAAAAAGAUUUAAAGCAAAAUUAUGCGAUCGGAAGAAAGAACCGCGCGUUCGUCGCGCCGCGACCGAGAGGAUUAAAUACUCAUUCGAACUCGCAGAUUUGAUGAUAAACACUUUCACAUCCAAAGACGCUCCUGCAGUAACGAUUGAAGUUUUAGAAGCUAUUGCGUGUAAUCAACAAGCGGAGGACCUGAGAGAAGCCAUGGGACACAGCACUUCUGGGGCUCAAAAUGUAGUUCAACCUGUAGCUCAACUAGUUACUAAACCCGUGGAGGUCGACUUAAAAGCAUCACAAAGUGUUCAGAAAACUGAUGAUAGCCUGUCAGAUGAUUGUCCGGUAUCAUUAGAGCUUACUACAUGCAACCAACAAUUUAAAGACAAAAUUCUUAAAGAGAAGGAUGAGGAGGUUUACAAACCACUGGAUAAGUCUGUAAGAAAACGCCUGGCGCUGCUUAUAACCAACAUAGAUUUUGACAACCCAUCCAUGAACAGGAGAGGGGCGGAGAAAGAUGAAGAGAACAUGGAGUGGCUGUUACAGCAGCUAGAUUAUGUAGUUGUGAAAUAUAAAAAUCUCUCCGGAAAAGAAAUGGAUGAUGUCAUCAAGAGCUUCGCUCAGCGUAAGGAGCAUGCGGAUUCAGACAGCACCUUUGUGGUUAUAAUGUCCCAUGGAAAACGGGACACAAUAUUAGGUGUCCAUUACGAUAAGAAAAACAAUGAUAUCCUCCUUGUUGACAAAAUCUACACCCAUUUGAACUCAUCGAAUUGUCCAGCUCUGCUUAAUAAACCAAAGGUUAUUCUUAUUCAAGCCUGCAGAGGAGAUGAACAUGGACACGUGUGGGUCAGUGAUGGUGAGCCUGAACAGCCAAAGGAAAUAGAGGGAGAUGACUUUGUACACAAGGAGAAAGAUUUUAUCUCUCUGAUGUCCUGCACCCCUGACACUAAAUCCUACAGGCACAUUGCAUUUGGAUCGUUUUAUGUUCGAUGCAUAGUGGAUGUGUUUGGGAAAUCUGCGCAUGAGGAUCACAUUGAGGAAUUGUUCAGGAAGGUUAUGAGACGCUUUGAGACUGAUGAACGUAUGAUAGGAUAUCUCAAACAAAUGGUGUGUAAAGACAGAGCAACACUAACCAAGCACUUCUACCUCUUCCCUGGACUCUGAAGUCAUACAAAAAACGUCUCUCUUUUGCAAUUAAAUACAGGUUAUAUAUAAAGAGUACAGAUGCAAAACCCUCUAAGUGCAUGACAAUCUUUUUUUUUAACCUUCACUUCUAUUAAAUUCACUUCUUUGGACAAAACUUUGGUCAUUAUCGUAAUCAUUUUGACAGAGGUGAUGUUUGAGCUCUUCAUUAAUUCCACAAGCCUGAAUAGACUUGAAAUACUGUACAAUACUUUUGAAAAAGUCUUUUACUAACAUACUUUUACAGUUUUUAGACAAAAUUAAUCCUAAACAACUUUUUUAGUUUAUUAAUUAAACUCCACUGUAUUAUGCAAAUUAAUUUGUAGGAAAUUACCAUUUAAAUGAUUGUAUAUUUAAAUGAAAUGUUUUAGCUCAGCACUUAACUACCGGUUUGGUAGGAUAUGUAUUCUAAGACUUUCCCUGUUCACAUUUAUGUAUAUUUUUUGUCAAUUAAAAAAAUAACAAAAUAAACAGUAAUUUAUCACCAAUUGUUGCUCAGUGGCUUUUUGUUUGAAUCAAAGAGAAAGUUAAUUUGCCAACAAAUCAUUUUUACCAAGAACAAACAAUUGCAAAGUAUUUUGGGCAGAAGCUGUCUGUGAAUGAGAAUAAGAUCGUGUUUUUAUCCAUGUUUGCUUUCUGAAAUGCUGCAACCACCAAUUCUCAUUAAGUGCAUUACA